AUGGCUAUCAACCAAGACUACGCAUUUUAUUUUGAAACUCUUCUUUUUUUGGCUUUUUUACUUGCAGCUAUCGACACAGCUCACAAUAACAGAGUUUGCAGCACCUGGGGCAACUUUCACUUCAAGAACUUUGAUGGAGACAUAUUCUACUUCCCCGGUACUUGUAACUACGUCUAUGCAUCUCACUGUAAGAGCGCAUAUGAGGAUUUCAACAUCCAAAUCCGUCGUACUGUAGUGGACAAUGUUCCAGUCAUUGACAGGAUCUUCAUGAAACUUGAUGGAGUUCCAGUGCAAAUCAAAAACAACACUGUCUCAGUAAAUGGAAAGAUUGUCCAGCUGCCUUUCAGUGGUUCUGGCAUUCAAAUUGCAAAACCUGAUGUAUAUCUCUCAGUGACCUCCAAACUUGGUCUUGUCUUCAUGUGGAACGAGGAUGAUAGUCUUCUGCUGGAACUGAAUGAAAAGUAUGCCAACCAGACCUGUGGGUUGUGUGGGGACUUCAAUGGCAUCUCAAUCUACAAUGAGUUCAUUUCCAAUGGGAUCCAAAUCACAGAAGCUCAGUUUGGAAAUCUACAGAAGUUGGAUGAUCCCACAGAACUAUGUAAUGAUAUGCCUCCUAUAGCCAAGAGCAACUGCACUGAUUAUGAAAACAUCUGUGCGUCAAUCCUUCUGGGUUCGGCAUUCUCCAAAUGCCAUUCAUUGGUGGCUGUUGAGCAAUACAUUGAAGCUUGUGUGCAAGACCUGUGCCGAUGUGAUAGCAAAAAUACUGCUCUAUGUAUGUGUAACACAUUUGCUGAGUACUCAAGGCAAUGUGCUCAUGCUGGAGGGGAACCAGAGAACUGGAGAACUAAUGAUCUGUGCCCUAAAACUUGUCCUUACAACAUGCAGUACCAGGAAUGUGGAUCUCCAUGUACAGACACUUGCAGCAACCCAGAGAGAAGUGCUUUAUGUGUAAAUUACUGUCUAGAAGGAUGCUUCUGCCCUCCAGGGACUGUGUUUGAUGACAUUAACAACUUCGGCUGUAUUCCACUUGAUGAAUGUUCAUGUACUUUCAAUAAUAACAGUUAUGCUGCUGGGACAUCUUAUAGUACCACCUGCAGCACAUGUGUGUGCUCUGGAGGAAAGUGGAGCUGCAAUGAAUUGCUUUGUCCUGCAACCUGUUCCAUUGAUGGAGGAUCACACAUCACAACUUAUGAUCAAAGUCAUUACAACAUACAUGGAGAUUGUGACUACGUGCUGACUAAGGACUGCAAAGGAAAUUCAUUUAUUGUACUGGCAGAGCUACGUAAAUGUGGUCUGACCGAAAGUGUGACCUGUCUCAAGAGUGCCACCCUUUUCCUUAAUGGACGAGAAACAAUAAUUGUAAUCAAGCCCUGCGGUAAUGUCUUUGUGAACAGUGUCUAUACUCAACUGCCAGUAUCUGCAGCCAAUGUAACCAUCUUCAGACCUUCAUCAUUCUACAUUGUUGUUGAGACAACCUUUGGGGUACAAGUGGUGGCUCAGCUGACACCAUUUAUGCAGAUUUAUGUGGCUUUGAAUCCUUCUUACAAGGGCCAGACCUGUGGUCUCUGUGGAAACUUCAAUGACAAACAGACAGAUGACUUCCAGACCAUCAGUGGUGUCAUUGAAGGCACAGCUGCAUCCUUCGCCAACACAUGGAAGACCCAAGCAGACUGUCCAAAUAUUAACAAUGUUUAUGAAGAUCCAUGCUCUGUUAGCGUUAAAAAUGAGGAAUUUGCCAAAAGCAGAUGUGGUCUUAUAUCUGACCCAUCUGGUCCAUUUGCUUCCUGUCAUGCUGCAGUCAAUCCAGCGGUUUACAAACAAAACUGUAUGUUUGACACCUGUAACUGUGAGAAAAGUGAAGAAUGUAUGUGCGCAUCCCUGACAUCCUACGUCCGAGCCUGUGCAACCAAAGGAGUCAUAGUGAGUGGAUGGAGAAGCACUGUCUGCUCUGAAUACAUGAACAACUGCCCAGAAACACUGAGCUACGCCUACUCUACCAGCACUUGCCAGCCCACAUGUCGUUCCCUCAGCGAGCCUGAUGUCACAUGUAGUAUCAAGUUUACCCCUGUGGAUGGCUGCACAUGUGCUAAAGGCUUGUACAUGGAUGACAGUGGUAAAUGUGUUCCUGCCGAAGCUUGCCCGUGUUACUUCAAAGGUUCUGCUGUGCCUUCUGGAGAAAUUGUCCAUGAGAAUGGGAUCAUGUGCACUUGCACUCAGGGGAAACUCAACUGUAUUGGAAACGUUAAUCAAGAAUGCACCGCUCCUAUGGUUUAUUUUGAUUGCAAGAACGCUUUAGUGGGGACCAUAGGCACAGAAUGCCAGAAGAGUUGUCAGACUUUGGAUAUGGCUUGUUACAGUGCAAAAUGUGUAUCCGGCUGUGUGUGUCCUGCAGGACUGGUCUCAGAUGGCAAAGGUGGCUGCAUCCAGGAAGAACAAUGCCCAUGUAUUCACAAUUAUGCCACCUAUCAACCUGGAGAGAAGAUUAAAAUGAAAUGCAAUACCUGUACCUGCAAAGAUCGUAUGUGGCAGUGUACAAAUAACCCCUGCCUGGGCACUUGUGCUGUAUACGGAGAUGGCCAUUAUAUUACAUUUGAUGGAAAACGCUACAGCUUCAACGGAGAUUGUGAAUACACACUUGCCCAGGAUAAUUGUGGAAAAGGAGGAAACAGCAGCUUCUUCAGAAUCAUGACGGAGAACAUCCCAUGUGGAACCACUGGAACCACUUGUUCUAAGAGCAUCAAAGUUUUCCUGGAGAGCUAUGAGCUGAUCCUCACAGAGGAACACAUUGAAGUGGUAGAGAGAGGAAUCGGAGGAGUUGCUCGUUACAAAGUCAGACAUAUGGGCAUUUACCUUGUCAUUGAAGCUGAUAAUGGCCUCAUCCUGAUGUGGGACAGAAAGACCAGCAUCUUCAUCAAGCUCAGUAAAGGCUUUGAAGGUCAAGUUUGUGGUCUGUGUGGAAAUUAUGAUGGAGACGGUAACAAUGACUUCACCACAAGAAGUAUGUCUGUGGUUGAAGAUGUUAUUGAAUUUGGAAACAGCUGGAAGAUUUCGUCAACAUGCCCUGAUGCCAAACAGCUCGAAGAUGCAUGCAGUGUCAACCCAUACCGUAAACCCUGGGCACAGAAACAAUGUAGUAUCAUCAACAGUGAUGUCUUUUCUGCCUGCCAUGCCAAGGUUGACCCCUCCAAGUAUUAUGAUGCUUGUGUCACCGACUCUUGUGCUUGUAAUUCCGGCGGAGACUGUGAAUGUUUCUGUACAGCGGUGGCAGCCUACGCUCAAGCAUGCGGAGAAACCGGAGCCUGUGUUUCCUGGAGAUCUCCAAACAUCUGUCCUGUUUUCUGUGAUUAUUACAACCCUGAAGGAGAAUGUGAGUGGCACUAUAAAUCUUGUGGAGCUCCCUGCAUGAAGACCUGUAGGAAUCCAAGUGGGAAAUGUAUGCACGAGCUAUCUGGCUUGGAAGGGUGUUACCCCAGUUGUCCAGCAGAUAAACCAUUCUUUGAUGAGGAUGACAUGAAGUGUGUGGCCCAAUGUGGCUGCUAUGAUGAUGAAGUAAAACUUUACAAAGUUGGACAACUCGUACCUUCCAAUGAAAACUGUAAGACUUGCACAUGCAGUAUGUCAGGAAUACAGUGCAAGUAUGAGAUAGAAGCAUGCCAUUGCGAAUACCAGGGAAAAAUGUACAAAUACAAUGAUGUUAUCUACAACACUACCGAUGGCAUUGGAGGCUGUAUCAGUGCUAUCUGCAAAGAAAAUGGCAUUUACAGAGAAAUUCGGGAUUGUGAUGUUGCUACAACCACACCCUUUGCAUUUACCUCAACCUCACUCACUACCUCUACAGGUAUACCUUUAGUACCCCUGACUACAAUAUGUGUUAAGGAGGUCUGCCAGUGGUCAGAAUGGUUUGAUGUCAGUUACCCUAAACUAGGAAAGAAUAAUGGAGAUUUUGAAACAUAUGAAAAUAUAAAAGCUAAUGGGUCUACCAUAUGUGAUCAUCCAAAAGGUAUUGAAUGCAGAGCUCAGAAAUUCCCUGAUACCCAAUUAUCAGAUAUUGAACAAAAUGUACAGUGUAAUGUAUCAUUUGGACUGAUCUGCCUAAACAAAAAUCAGCAUCCACCUAUCUGCUAUAAUUUUAAAAUUAAAGUUCUGUGUUGUAGUUUUGAAAGGUGUGAUAUACUAACUACAUCUACAACCACCAUAAGUACAGCAGAAUCAUCCACAACUGAAACAUCCCCUAAUACCACAGUUAUUACAACUACUCCAGUGCCAACAACCACAACAGAAACUACAAGUACAACCACCAUAAGUACAACAGAACCAACCACAACUGAGACUUUAAUGCCUACAACUGAAACAUCCACAUCCCCUAAUACCACAGUUAUUACAACUACUUUAGUGUCAACAACCACGACAGAAACUACAAGUACAACCACCAUAAGUACAACAGAACCAACCACAACUGAGACUCUAAAGCCUACAACUGAAACAUCCCCUAAUACCACAGUAAUUACAACUACUCCAGUGCCAACAACCAGGACAGAAACUACAAGUACAACCACCAUAAGUACAACAGAACCAACCACAACUGAGACUCCAACUCCUACAACAUCUAUACAGACUACAUGCUCCUGCCAUUAUGAUCACCAAAACUUCUCCCCAGGGGAAAUCCUUUAUGACAAAGUUGAUGCAGCAGGUUGCUCCUAUUAUGCAGUGUGCAAUGCCAUAUGUAUAGUUCAAAGAUUCACUGGACCUUGCAUAACGUCUACAACCAUAACAAGUUCCUCAACUACACCUGAAAAGACACCUAACUCCACAACUGCAACUGUUACAACUCCUAUAACAGAAGGUUGCCCACCUUAUAAGACAAAUGAAACUUGGCUAAUUAAUAACUGUACAAAGGCCACAUGUCUUGGAAAUAAUGAGUAUACCAUUGAGCCAGUAAGUUGCCCUAAACUGGAGCCAUUGAACUGUGUUAAUGAAUUCCCACCUGUAAAGAAGACGAGUGAUGAUGGAUGCUGUGAAUAUUACGAAUGCCAAUGUGUGUGCAGUGGAUGGGGGGAUCCUCAUUACAUCACCUUUGAUGGAACCUAUUACACUUUCUUGGAAAAUUGUACAUAUGUCCUUGUGCAGCAGAUCACUCCCAAAUAUGACAACUUCCGUGUCCUUAUUGAUAACUACUUCUGUGAUGCUGAAGAUGGUUUGUCCUGUCCACAGUCUAUCAUGAUCUACUACAAAUCCAAUGAAGUUGUCUUGACACGUAUGAUGUUCCAAGGGAAAAUGACAAACAUGAUUAGGUUCAACCAUGACUGGGUAACUCCAGGGUUUACCAAAGAUGGCAUUACUAUAAGCAGUACUGGCAUUAACAUGAAUGUGGGGAUCCCAGAAAUUGAUGCAUUUAUCUCAUUCAGUGGAUUGAUGUUUAAGAUUGAGCUGCCAUUCAGCAAAUUUGGUUACAAUACUGAAGGACAAUGCGGUACUUGCACUAACAACAGCACCGAAGACUGCAGAAUGCCAAGUGGCGAGAUUGUGGAAGAUUGCUCCGAAAUGGCUGACCACUGGAAGGUCAAUGUAACAGGCAAGCCUUAUUGUAAUGCUCCAGAUCCUAACGUAUCAAAUACAACAACCCAACAACCAAAGUGCAAACCAUCUUUACUGUGUGACAUUAUCUUAAGCAGGGUAUUUGCUGAGUGUCACAAAGUUGUUCCUCCAAAGCCUUACCACGAAGGUUGUACCUAUGAUUCCUGUCAAAUACCCACUGACUCAGUAGAGUGUUCCAGCUUGGAAAUAUAUGCCUCUUUGUGUGCCGCCAAUGGGGUCUGCAUCGACUGGAGAAGCAAGACUAAAGGACAUUGUCCAUACAAAUGUUCUGCCGGGAAGAAGUAUGACCCUUGUGGACCAUUGCAUCCUAAGUCCUGCAACACCAAGGAAGUUCAAGAACUCGACAAUACAUAUACUGAAGGCUGCUUCUGCCCUGAAGGAACCAUGCUGUUUAACUCUUACACUGAUGUCUGUGUUGAGAGCUGCUCUUGCGUUGGCCCUGAUGGAAUGCCCAAAAGACCUGGAGAGACCUGGACAAGUAACUGCAAUAAUUGUAUAUGUGAGAAGAAUUCUCUUACUGUCCAGUGUAAGCCACUCUCAUGCCCUCCAUUGGCUCACACAUCCUGUUCCAAGGAAGGAUUCAUCCUUAAGGAGCUUCCAGAUCCCCUUCAGCCCUGCUGCAUGAAGAAUGAAUGUCAAUGCAACAGCAGCUACUGCCUGCAGAAGGAGAAGAGCUGUCAGCUUGGAUUUGAGGUUGUCUCUGUACUUUUGGAGGGUGAUUGCUGCCCAUCAUUUGACUGCAGACCAUUGGAAGUCUGUGCAUUCAACGGGUCCCUGUACAACCCUGGAGAAAAAAUCCCACAAAUCAAAGACUCAUGUAUGGACUGUGUGUGCACAAAUGAGACGGAUCCUGAGACCUUACUGCACAUUGUCUCAUGUAAAUCCAUCCAAUGCCAAAUCGAAUGUGAACUGGGAUAUGAACUUAUAUCUUCUGAAGGUGAAUGCUGCGGCACGUGUAAACCGAAUGCAUGUAAAAUUCAACUAAGUGACAACUCCAUAAAGAUUUUGAAGGGCUACGAAUACAAGAUAAAAAAAGCCGAAUGUUGUGGAACAUGUAUACCAUACGCCUGUGUGAUCCAACUGAGUGACAAUACAACAAAAACUUUGAAGCCUGAAGAACAGUACACUCCACCAGAAGACAAGUGCACCACCUACACCUGCUCAAACUCUUAUGAUGUGGUGAAAAACAGCAUUACGUGCCCACCUUUCAAGCGUUCUAAAUGUCUAGAGACAGAUAAAUGA